AUGUCCGAGACACUAGAAUCAGAGGAGGAGUUCCGCUUCUUGGCUGAUCAGUCGAAUCCCACUGUGGAUGAACGUGGCGAUGUCCCAAUCGACCAUGGUUGGGCUUGGGUUGUUCUAGCCGCUAGCAUAGUUAUCAAUGUGUUAUACGCUGGAGUAUUGAAGUCGUUUGGGAUCUUCUUCAUCGAGAUACUGGAUGUUUACGGCGGUGCAGUCUCGACAACCUCCCUCAUAUCUGGACUUCAGUUCACCGUAUACUGCACAGCAAAUGUGCCCGUACUUAUGAUCCUGUUACGGUACCAGAGCGUGCGCACCUGUCAGCUGAUCGGUAUUACCUUCAGUUCCUUGGCGUACGCCCUCAGCAGUUUGACCACACGGCUGGAUCUCCUUAUUCUUUGCCAGAGCCUUCUAAAUGGUCUGAGUAUAGCACUCAUCGUUCCUACGGGUAUAGUUCUGGUCGGCAGAUACUUCAGGAAACAUAUAGGAUUGGCUAAUGGAAUGUUGAUGGCGGCAUUAUCCCUUGGUGGACUCGUGAUGCCACCAUUGAUCCAAAAUAUCGUUCGAGAAUACACGCUUCAUGGCGCUCUCUUACUUACUUCCGGCAUUGUCUUUAACGCACUUCCGGCUGCUAUCCUGCAACGACCACCUGAAUUUUAUCGCCGUAUUUACAGAAUAAAAACGAAAGGGCUUCUGGCUAGUAAACAAGGCAUUGUAUUCCCUAAUCCAAAACAUACAAACGAAGUGAACUCAUUGGUUGGCAAAGUAAAUGAAAUCCGGUUGAAACAUCAUAUUUCUACAUCUGAAACUGAAUUACCAAAGAAAACAACACAAAACGGGAAAACGAUUAUAAAUGGUGAUGGAUCACUGAACGCAAGUUCAAUGCCAAAUUUACUUUACUCUCAACAUCAAAAAUACAUCAGCGAAGACCAGUACCAGAAAGAAGCAACUGAUGGUAAAAGAUUUAAAUUAAAACUUCAACAGUUUUCAUCUUUGCCCACAUUUGAAUGUACAAGUGUUUCCAAUAUAUCCAUUUCACAAGAAAACCUAUUUACAAAUCAGGCAUUAUCUAAAACGGAAACAAAGACGGUUGAAACAUCAAGUUUAUGUUCAAUGUUAUGUCGAACGUUUACAAACUGCAUAGAGAGUGGAAGGAUGCUCCUGAAAAACCGAUUGUUUUUAAUCUUUGUUGGUUUUUACACAACAGGGACUAUCAGUAACGAGACGAUAACUUUAUAUCUACCUCCGUUUGCCAAGGAAAAUGGAAUCGAGAGUUCCAAAAUAGCAAUGCUUAUUUCGAUACAUUCUGUAUGUGAUUUUCUAGGAAGGGUGUUAUGUGGGUGGCUGGCCGAUCUCGGGGGGAUACGAAAACAUCAUAUCAUUCUAGUUUCACAAGUCUUUACGGCAUUACUACCACAGUUGGCGUACUUUUACAACUCGUUUUUGAUGUUUGCGAUAUUUGCAGCCAGUUUUGGAUUUAUGUCUGGUGUUAUAUUCGCCAUCAGUAAUCCAGUGUUAAAAGAGAUUGUUGGUGACGAACACUUCGCGUCCGCCAUUGCCAUCGCCAUUUUUAUAAAGGGAGCAGUACUGGGUGGAAUGAUUCCGUUACUAGGGUAUCUACGUGAUGCAACGUGUACCUAUCACGUGACGUUUCAUUGUAUGGGUGCUACGUCAGUGGUGGCGGUGUGUGUACUGGUUUUGUUCUCUUCUGUCAUUCCGAAACAUUCUUCACCCGGAGUUUAA